GUCGCGGGAGCGCGCCUCAGUGUCCCGCCCCGGAUUUGGCCGGACAGUUCGCACAGUGCCGGGAGAUAAGAACUUUUUCUUUAUUCUAGUGUACCUGUCACCGUAACCGGGAGGCUGCGGCGAGCCGUUCUCUGGAGCUGUGCUGUUGGAGGAGGCAUGGAGUACCCCGUGCCUAGGGGGGAUGUAAUGACUUCGCUUCUACAAGACCGCUCAAAAGAAGAAUGUUCAGAGGAUGACAAGUGUAUUCUGAGUAGAUCAUUGGUCGAAGAGGAAGAUCCUCAUUUGAAAGUCUCUCUUGGGAACAACGAUAUGGGUGUCUCUGCUCAUCUUCAGUCCUCAAAGACCGGAACCACCAGAUUUUUCACCAGCAAUACUCACAGUUCAGUGGUGUUACAGGGCUUUGACCAGUUAAGAAUUGAGGGUUUACUCUGUGAUGUGACACUUGUACCGGGGGAUGGGGAUGAGAUAUUUCCAGUUCACCGAGCUAUGAUGGCCUCCUCAAGUGACUACUUCAAAGCCAUGUUCACAGGUGGAAUGAAGGAACAAGACUUAAUGUGCAUUAAAUUACAUGGCGUGAACAAAAUUGGAUUAAAAAAAAUUAUUGAUUUCAUAUACACUUCAAAACUUUCCCUGAACAUGGAUAAUCUUCAAGAUACGCUGGAAGCUGCUAGUUUUUUACAGAUACUGCCAGUUUUGGACUUCUGCAAAGUGUUUCUUAUAUCAGGGGUAACGUUGGAAAAUUGUGUUGAAGUUGGACGGAUUGCAAAUACUUACAAUCUCACUGAAGUUGAUAAAUAUGUAAAUAACUUUAUCUUGAAGAACUUCCCUCCGUUAUUAACUACUGGGGAGUUUGUGAAACUCCCGUUCGAUCGUCUCGCCUUUGUCCUCUCCAGCAAUAGCCUUAAGCACUGUUCUGAGCUGGAACUCUUUAAGGCGGCCUGCCGAUGGCUACGAUACGAAGACUCUCGGAUGGAAUAUGCUGCAAAGAUAAUGAAGAACAUCAGAUUUCCUCUGAUGACACCACAAGACCUUAUCAACCACGUCCAGACUGUGGAUUUCAUGAGGACUGACAAUACUUGUGUAAACCUACUUUUAGAAGCUAGCAAUUACCAAAUGAUGCCAUACAUGCAACCUGUUAUGCAGUCUGAAAGAACUGCCAUUCGCUCGGACAGCACCCAUUUGGUUACUCUUGGGGGGGUUUUGCGACAGCAGCUGGUUGUUAGCAAGGAGUUGCGCAUGUACGACGAGAAGGGGCACGAAUGGAAAGCCUUAGCUCCUAUGGAUGCUCCCAGAUAUCAGCAUGGAAUUGCCGUCAUUGGAAACUUUCUGUAUGUAGUCGGUGGCCAAAGCAAUUACGACACAAAAGGUAAAACCGCAGUGGACACGGUCUUCAGGUUCGAUCCUCGUUACAAUAAAUGGAUGCAAGUGGCCUCUCUGAACGAAAAGCGGACCUUUUUCCACCUAAGUGCCCUCAAAGGUCAUCUGUAUGCAGUCGGUGGUCGCAAUGCAGCUGGCGAGCUUGUCACUGUAGAAUGUUACAAUCCUAGAACCAACGAGUGGAGUUAUGUUGCGAAGAUGAGCGAACCGCACUAUGGACACGCUGGGACGGUGUUUGGUGGACUCAUGUACAUUUCAGGUGGAAUUACACAUGACACCUUCCAGAAGGAAUUGAUGUGCUUUGACCCAGACACUGACAAAUGGACUCAGAAAGCACCAAUGACCACAGUCCGAGGGCUGCAUUGCAUGUGCACCGUCGGAGACAAACUGUAUGUCAUCGGUGGCAAUCACUUCCGAGGGACUAGCGAUUACGACGACGUUCUCAGCUGUGAGUACUACUCUCCAUCUUUGGAUCAAUGGACACCUAUCGCUGCAAUGUUACGGGGACAAAGCGACGUCGGGGUAGCGGUUUUCGAAAACAAGAUUUACGUGGUUGGAGGAUAUUCUUGGAAUAACAGGUGUAUGGUUGAAAUAGUCCAGAAGUAUGAUCCUGAGAAAGAUGAAUGGCACAAAGUGUUUGAUCUGCCAGAGUCCCUCGGGGGCAUCAGAGCUUGCACUCUUACCGUUUUUCCACCAGAAGAUAACAGCUGUUCGCCUUCUCGGGAAUCUCCUUUAUCAGCACCUUGAAGACUGUAAUAUCUUUGCACUGUAUUAUGGAUUUUUUUUUUUCCCAGUAGUAUCCGAUAAGCUUGACCAACUGGAAUUGGCAAACCUACUUAGGGAAAGACUAUCAUUUUAUUUAUACUAUCCAUUUGGCUUGGGAUAUUUAUCGAAAAUGUUAAUUAUAUUUAAAACGGUCAAAUGUUUAGCAAAACACUCCGUAGCCUGUCAGAGAUUUCGAUGAGGUACGUCUGCAACGUGAGAAAUGAACGCUCUUGGUAUAAACCCAAAUAGAAAUGGGUAACGUGGCUGUAAUAUUAUUGAAAUCAUAUGAUGAUAAUUUUACGUUUUUUCAAAUAUACAAACAUAUUGGUUUUCAGUUUUAAUAUUUGAAAAGUUAUUCUGCCAUGAAAUGUCUGCUGUCCUAUCUACUUAAAUACUCCCUAAAAUAUACUUUAUUGGAAAUAUCUGAAACAGAACCCUUAAAAAAUCAAAAGGAAAGAGUUAGUUGUUCCCUGGUUUAGCUGCACCAAUCAAUUAAUUUCAGGUACUGCAUUACCCCCUUGAUAAGAAACUUUUUUAAUUUAGCUUGGAAUUGUUUCCCUUUACUGAAUUAGAUAAGGGCUAGACAUGACACGGGACAAAAGUAAUUCACGAGACCAAGGAUUAUAUUUGCGUCUCUGGCUUACUCCCUUUUAUUUCUUUCAUGUUGAAACAACCUGCGUAUCAUUUUGUUCAAUGUACAGUCUUGAUUGAGGUUAUUUAGCACAAAAUGCAGCUUGGGGCUGGAAAGCUGCUUUUGCUCAGUGGACUCCCAUGUUUUAUCUUCCUUUGUUCAAUAAAAUAAAAAAAAAUAAAAAAAUAAAAAAA